AUGUGGGGCAGAAUUGGGGGGGGGGGGAAGAACUGUCUGUACCCAGAGACUACAAAAACCAUUUUCGCGUUCUGUAAACAUUCACCACCAGUCAUUCCACCUUCUGUUUUCUUCUUUUACUCUACAAAAUCAUUAAUGAUGCAAUAUACACCAGAAGAUAGGCAAAAAGCUAUUGAUGAAUAUAUAUCCAAUUCGGGUUUGCUGUAUCGGCAGUUGAGUGAAAAAUACCAUGUUCCAGUUACUACAAUUAGAGAUGGUGUUCAUGGAGCUAAACAACCAGCAAUUUGUCAUGAAAAUCAACAAUGCUUAACCAAUGAUCAAGAAGAAAUACUUGCUGAUUGGAUUAUAGAGCUCAUUGAGCAAGAUGAGCCACCUACUCACCAAUUAAUAUUGGAAACAGCUAAAGAUCUUGCUAGGUGCACCGAAAGAGAUCCUCCCACAAAUGUGGAGUGGGUUCGAAGAUUCUUAAAACGCACUAAACUUGAUUGUUUCGAGAAUGUUCAACUUCGUGUCUUUGCUAAGAGAAGGGCCAUUGAAGAAGAAGUAAUUUGUGAUUGGUUUGAUCUUUUUAAGAAAAUUUGUGAGAAACGGGGAAUAAAAAGAGAAAACAUUUACAGUUUUGAUGAAAUCAGUAUUCAAAUAGGGAGAAAUACCAAUGAAUAUGUCAAUUUUGCUAAUGACAAGAAACGGAAUUCUGUAACCGAGAAUUGCAACAAGGAAAUGGCUACGGUAAUUGAAGCAGUUAGUGCUAAUGGAGUUAGUAUUCGACCGGUUGUUAUUUUCAAAAGUGAAUAUCGUAUGACCAACAGGGUUCUUUCAAAUCAGCGACCAAAAUGGUUUUAUACAAAUUCUAAUAGUGGAUGGACAAGUAAUUAUAUUGCUCUUGCUUGGCUCAAGGAGGUAUUUAUUCCCCAGACACAACCAGAUAAUCCUGAUGAAAUCAGAUUGUUAAUAUGUGAUGGAAACAGCUCACACGCUGAUGACUUAUUUAUGAAAACAUGUAUCGAAAAUAAAAUUAAUGCCCUUUAUCUUCCUACUUAUUCUUCAUAUCUUACAAAACUGAUGGGUCUCAUAUGUUUUGACAAACUAAAGAAAACAUACAAAAAAUUGGUCAGUGAUCAACAACAAAAGAAUGGAAUAUAUGAGAUAACAAAAGAUGAGUUUCUCAAGAUUUACGAAAUGGCCAGAAAUUAUGAGAUGUCAAAACAAAAUAUUGAAAGUGCUUGGGAAGUAGCAGGGUUAUUUCCAUUCUGUCCAAAUAAAGUUUUAAAAUCUUCCUCGACUAUUGACAAGGAAAAUUCUGAAGAAAAUGCAAUAGAAGGGAAAUCAAGAGUAUCCACAGAUGCUAAUGUAAGUCCAAGAAGAAAAUUUAUGAGACAAUUUAAUUUAUCACCAAGCAAAUAUCAAAGUCCUCGUUAUAAAAACAAAAAAAUGAUAGGCUAUAAUGAUGCUUACAAGGUUAUUAAAGGUCUCGUAACACAACUUGAAACGAAAAAUAAAAAAAUCAAGCAACUUCGAUUAGAAUUACACCAUGGCGUUGAUAUUGAUAUUGAUAAUUAA